AGCGCCGGGGGCAGCAGGGGGGUGGGCGAUGGCAGCAGUGGCGGUGCUGGUGGUGCUGGCGGCGGCAGUGCUGGCGGGGGCUGAGGCGCAGUGCCCGGCCCCCUCCAACCUGCGGACGGCCAACGGCACCUGCAUCUGCGCCCAGCUCUACACCGACAACAGCCCCUACUACGACCAGUGCUGCGGGGGGUCCGCCCUCGUGGUGUACCCUGGCUCCGACGUCCCCUACAUGCCCCACGGCUGGGGCACUGCCGUCUCCUCCUUGGUGGUGAGCACCCGCUGUGAGCUGACCAUCUGGUCUCGGGCCGGCAAGAAGGGGAAGAGCCGGAGUUUCGGGGCCAGCACGGUGCCACGGUUGCAGGAGGUGCGGCAGGGGCUCUUCAGCAACUGGAACAACGCCAUCAGGGGCUUCUACUGCCAGUGCCGCUGAGGCAGGCGGCACGGGGCGGCGCAGGUCAACACCAGUCAACAUGAGUCAGCACAAGUCAACGCAGGCCAAUGCGAGUCAACACAGGCCAAGACAAUUCAACAUGAAUCAACACGAGUCAACAUGGGCCAAUGCAAGUCAACAUUAGCCAAUACAAGUCAACGACAUCCAAGACAAGUCAACCUCGGCCAAGACAAGUCAACGUGAGUCAACAUGGGCCAAGAAAAGUCAAUGUGAGUCAACAGGGGCCAAGACAAGCCAAUGUGGGCCGAGACAAGCCAACACAAGUCAAAUUGAGUCAACGCGGGCCAA